AUGCACGGACCGAGCCGAGGUCAGGGGACAGCAGAACCCGGAAGCCCCUCCUGGCGCUGGCCCCUCCUCACUGGCUUCCACAUUGUCACCCACCGGCGCGUACACGUUCAAGGCCAGUCUGUGUGGACCCCGAACCGUGCCAAGCCGCAUCGAGGCCGGAGCCGCCACUCGGACAGCCUCACGCCGCCCGAACGCCGCCCGUACACCCGUGAGCUGCGACCGGCCGGGUGUUUGCACCCCGGCGUCCUGGGCGCCGGCGCGGGCAGAGCUGGCAGUCCGUGGGGCUCGGGAUAUCUAAGCGGAGGUUGCCUUGAACCCGAAAGCAGGGGCCUAGCGCUCAUCCACGUCCUUAUGAGCCGAACGCAGGGGCCCUCCUGGGAUAACUCUAAGAUGCCCGGACAGCCCGGGCUACAGCAGCCAGGGAAGGAACUAGCGGCCGGCGCUGGGGCUCUUCCGCGCUCUCAGGGCCUGGUUCGGUGGCGCCAGGACAGCUCCCGGGUGUUGUCGAAAGUCCGGACAGGGAAGGGCAUGGGGAGGCAGAGGACUGACUGGAGCCCCGGCGCUCAGGGCGCCAAGUACCCGGAGCACGGCAACCCCGCCAUCCUACUUAUGGGAUCAGCCAACGGCGGGCCCGUGGUCAAAACUGACUCACAGCAGCCCCUCGUAUGGCCCGCCUGGGUCUACUGCACUCGCUAUUCGGAUCGUCCGUCCUCUGGUCCGCGCACCAGGAAGCUGAAGAAGAAGAAGAACGAGAAGGAGGACAAGCGGCCGCGGACAGCGUUCACGGCCGAGCAGCUGCAGAGACUCAAGGCGGAGUUCCAGGCGAACCGCUACAUCACCGAGCAGCGGCGGCAGACCCUGGCCCAGGAGCUCAGCCUCAACGAGUCCCAGAUCAAGAUCUGGUUCCAGAACAAGCGCGCCAAGAUCAAGAAAGCCACAGGCAUCAAGAACGGCCUGGCGCUGCACCUCAUGGCCCAGGGACUGUACAACCACUCCACCACCACGGUCCAGGACAAAGACGAGAGCGAGUAG